AUGCCGCUGAUGCCAGUGAUCUUCCGCAAGAACAGGGUGGAAGGGUUUUUUCGCGGUUGUUAUGGCAUUGACCCGGACUGCACUGAAACGUGGGACAUCAGGCAUUCCUGUAAACGUCGUGCCAUGAUAGUUAUGGAUGUCUCAUCUGAUAUGUCAACGCUCAUGAAGAAAGGGGAAGUAUUCAUCAUCUCCACUUCGAUCAUUCAGCAGCUUGACAUAAGAAAACAUUUCAUCAGCGUUGGAUUGGCUACCAGUGGCGAGCUCACAUCCAAGCUUUACUACUACAGCGACAGCAGACAUCAAAUAUGCGACAAUUUGGCGAGUCUACAAAAAGCCGUUAACUCGGCCACUUACAAAAAACUUGCAGGGUGA